UUGGGCCCUUCCAAAUGACGCAUGUGUGGCUCAUCAAGCUACGAACUCCAGAGGUGAAGGAAGUGCUGGUUAGAGCGGGAGGCCUGGAGGUAAAAGGGCGCUUUUGCGCCGUCAUUGACCCAGUGCAACAAGACAUCACACUCAAAGUACACUGGGUUCCAUUCCACGUUACCGGGGAAGCAUUGAAGAAGGCUUUCGACCACUAUGGCGAAGUGAAAGAAGUAAGACAAGAAGAUUGGAAGGUGAGGGGCUUCGAGCAAGCUGAGUCUACCACGCGUAUUGUGCGGAUGACGCUCCGAGAGAACUUAACACCGGACGCUCUGCCCCAUUUGUUCAAGAUCUUUGGUGGCUCUGUGCUGGUUGUCGUUCCCGGGAGAGCUCCGAUUUGCCUGCGGUGUCGACGCAAAGGACACAUUAGAAGAGACUGCAGAGUGCCAAGGUGUUCUGAGUGCCGGGAAUUCGGCCAUGAAGCACAUGAUUGCGUACGUACGUAUGCAAGAGUUACUGGCAGCACGCAACCCGACGACGAAGGUCUGGAAUUGAUGGAAGAAGAGGUAACGGAGAAACUGACAGCGUCCUCGGAAACGCCGGUUCAACAGGUGGCAAGUGUCGCAAAAAAGGUGGCAACGCCAUCCGCGUCGACACAGGACGCCACAGCAGGAAGAAAGCAGAAAGAAAGAAGAAGGAAUGAAGAAGAGAAGACACCGCCUGCGCCCGCAGAAACGGAGCCCGGGUGUGACGCGUUUAACGUGGAGAUGGACGCGGAGCCAGAGACGCCAUAUGAGACGCCGGAUGAGUUGGCCACUGAGGAGCCAGCCGUGCCUUCCAAGAGGCACCGAAGCGAUGCUCCAGAAGAGGAGACGCCGGCUGACAGUGUUCAGCGCCUGGAGCCGCAGUGGAUGGUGGUCCGGUCGACCCGGGCCAAGAAAGGGAAGUCCGCCCCACCGCAACGGUCAGCGUCGCUCACCCGAGAAGGGCAGGCGACGCAGUGACCAACGCGACUGGUGUCGCGGGUGCCCGUGGAAGCUGUCGUGCCGACAGGGACGCUCAGUUUGUGAGCGUUGCUAUUUGCUGGGCGCCUUACUGUUGUUUUGCUCUUGCUCUCUGAAAUGGCUAUGUCGUUAGCUCCAUUGCGCGUGGGAACCCUCAACGUUAGAGGUUUUAGGGCGAGACGGCGGCAGCGUCAGCUCCGACGCGUAAUGUUGGAAGAAGAUUUAGAUAUAUUGGCGAUUCAAGAGACUAAAAUAGAGAGUGAGAGUCAGACUGAUAGUAUGGUUGCACAGUUUAGUGACCGCUAUACUGUAUGCGUUAGUCAUGCUGUUGGCACAACGGCCGGAUGCUGCAUGUUUAUUAAGAAAGGUUUGGGUAUAGUUGAGGAAACAGUUCUAAGUUGUCAGAGUGGUCGAUUCGUGCUGUGCAAUUUUGUAUACUGCAACAUAAAAUACCGAAUAUUAUGUGUGUAUGCACCAACGAAAGUGAAUGACCGGCUAAGUUUCUUUCAAGAAAUAUCGCAUUAUCUGAAUACAGACAGAUGUUUGAUAGUGUUAGGAGAUUUCAAUUGCGUUUUGAGCACGGACGAUCGUUCGAGUGAUGGAUACUGGGCUGAUA